AUGUGCAUCUCAGAACACUACACCGACCCCACCUGCCGGCACACGUGGGCGCGCAUCUGCCAGCCCUGCGGCCCGGGCAUGGGCUUCACGACGUGCCCUUCCUUCUUCGGCAACGACGGCACGUGUAUGUACGCGCGCCGCGGAGCCAAGCCGGCGCCGCGCGGCCCGUUCGUCGUCUACUGCGAGCCGUGUCCCGUGUGCGACCUGCGCGGGGCUUACGAUCGGAAUGCUGUUCGUGUUGUGGUGGGCGUGCGCCGCGGUGUGAGGGCCGGCGCUGGGCCGGGACGCGGCGACCCGGGUGUGGAUUUCACGUGCUGUGUUAUGUGA